GAAAAUAAGUCAAAUGAAAAGCAGUGAUUCUCUCUGACCUUAAAUAGUUAAUAACAGAUUUCAGCAAAUUAGAACCAAAGAUUCUCAUCUUUUUUUAAUUUCCAAUCAAGCUGUUCCCACUCACCAGCACCAACCAAAAGUAAGAUUAAAAAAAAAAACAGAAUAUAAAAGCUAUGAUGAAAAUAUCUUAUGAGUGAAAACAAAAUAGCAAUAGUAAUGAUAAGUAUAGUCAAAGCUUCAAGCGGCUGAAUCUGCUGACUACUACAUGGAGCUCCGUCCAAUCACAGCAAAAGAACUGUCAUUUCUUCUGAAAUGUAUGUUUUUCUUCUGCAAAAGAUCAGAGAAUAUUUAAGAAUUGAAGGAGAGAGAAGAGGAAGGUGAAAGUUUUCUUCAAUUAUUUUCUUGGAAACUUAGCCAAACACCCAUCUUUCUCUCAUUUGUGUAACUUCUUCAAAACUAACGAGAAAAAAGAUGGUGUCUUCCGGGGAAAAAACGGUUCUUCCAUCUCAUGCGGAUUCUGGCCAUGCUCGUCUCAAUGAGCUUGGCUACAAGCAAGAGCUUAAGCGUGAUCUUUCGAUGCUUUCAAAUUUUGCGUUUUCUUUUUCGAUCAUAUCAGUUCUUACUGGAGUCACCACUCUUUACAACAAUGGGUUAAGAUUUGGUGGUCCGGUGUCUGUUGUUUAUGGUUGGUUUAUAGCUGGUUCUUUCACUAUGAUAGUUGGGUUAUCCAUGGCUGAGAUUUGUUCUUCCUACCCCACUUCUGGUGGUCUCUACUAUUGGAGUGCCAAACUUGCUGGUCCCAAAUGGGCACCUUUUGCUUCAUGGCUUACUGGCUGGUUCAACAUUGUUGGUCAGUGGGCAGUCACAGCAAGUGUAGAUUACUCACUUGCUCAGAUGAUUCAAGUGAUCAUUCUCCUUAGCACGGGUGGAAAAAAUGGGGGCGGAUACGAGGCAUCUAAAUAUUUAGUUAUUGCUUUCCAUGGUGGAAUUUUGCUUUUACAUGCUUUUAUAAACAGUCUUCCCAUAUCCUGGUUAUCUUUCAUUGGACAGUUGGCCGCUGCAUGGAAUAUAGUCGGAGUCUUUGUUCUUAUGAUCCUCAUUCCCUCUGUUGCGACCGAGAGAGCUAGUGCCAAAUUUGUUUUCACUCACUUCAACACUGAUAAUGAGAAAGGAAUUGGCAGCACAAUUUACAUAUUUGUUCUGGGGCUUCUAAUGAGUCAGUAUACCCUGACUGGGUAUGACGCAUCUGCUCAUAUGACAGAAGAAACCAAGAAUGCUGACACAAAUGGACCAAAAGGAAUAAUUAGUUCUAUUGGGAUAUCUAUCAUUGUCGGAUUCGGUUACAUACUUGGAAUCACUUUUGCUGUAACCAAUAUUCCAUCCCUUUUGGAUGAAAACAAUGAUGCUGGUGGUUAUGCCAUUGCUGAAAUAUAUUACCAAGCAUUCAAGAGUAGAUAUGGUAGUGGGGUUGGGGGAAUUGUUUGCUUGGGAGUGGUUGCUGUUGCCAUAUUCUUCUGUGGCAUGAGCUCAGUUACUAGCAACUCCAGGAUGGCUUAUGCAUUCUCUAGAGAUGGAGCCAUGCCCUUUUCCUCGCUUUGGCAUAAAGUGAACAAGCAUGAAGUCCCUAUAAAUGCAGUCUGGCUUUCUGUUUUUAUAUCAUUCUGCAUGGCACUCACGUCUCUUGGAAGCAUAGUCGCAUUUAACGCAAUGGUAUCCAUAGCGACAAUUGGAUUAUACAUUGCUUAUGCUUUACCAAUCUUCUUCAGGAUAACAUUGGCACGCAAAUCCUUUGUUCCAGGACCUUUUAACUUAGGUCGAUAUGGUGUUGUUGUCGGUUGGACUGCUGUUAUUUGGGUGGCAGUCAUCUCAGUCCUGUUCUCAUUGCCUGUGGCCUACCCAGUUACCAUAAAGACACUCAACUAUACACCUGUUGCAGUUGGUGGUUUGUUCAUUCUUACUGUGUCUUCUUGGGUAUUAAGAGCCCGGCACUGGUUCAAAGGUCCAAUUACCAACAUUGAAGCAUGAAGUACUGAAAACACAAUGCUUCUUGUCUUAUUUUAUUCUUAGAAGCAUUUAUAGAAAUGGAACAGUACCGUUUCUCUAAGCAAAAUUUGACAUUUUUUUCAAUGCCCAGAUGGCCUCGUGUAAAUUAUUAUAUAUAUCUAGUUGACAUUCCAGAACUUGAGAUGGUCUUGAAGUGUUCUUCAUAUUGAUUCACAUGAGGGUAGAUAAACUAUCAUUGUCAUUGUAACAAUUUAGGACCAGAAGCCUUUCUGAUAAAGCUUACUAGAAAUUUAAGCUAAAUAUCAGUUAAAACUGUUGUCCUUUUUGCCCUCUCUUUGAAGACAUAUCUAGAAAUAGAUGAAUGAAAGUAGUACCUAAUUUUUUCAA